UUUCUCAAACAGUUAGGCCUGCACCCUAACUGGCAGUUUGUUGAUGUGUACGGGAUGGAGCCUGAACUUCUCAGCAUGGUACCAAGACCAGUGUGUGCAGUGUUACUCCUCUUCCCUAUCACAGAGAAGUAUGAAGUGUUCAGAACAGAAGAGGAAGAAAAAAUAAAAUCUCAAGGACAAGAUGUUACGUCAUCAGUGUAUUUCAUGAAGCAAACCAUCAGCAACGCCUGCGGGACAAUAGGGUUAAUCCACGCCAUUGCAAACAACAAGGACAAGAUGCACUUCGAAUCUGGAUCAACCUUGAAAAAAUUCCUGGAGGAGUCUGUGUCAAUGAGCCCUGAAGAAAGAGCCAAGUACCUGGAGAACUAUGACGCUAUUCGAGUUACUCAUGAGACCAGUGCACAUGAAGGUCAGACUGAGUCCUCCUCGCCAUCCUCAUCACAGCCUCAUUCUAGCCACUGCAGAGCGAAGGCCUCAUCAUUGUGUCACCAUGCAUCCCUGCCCUGGGUCAAACGUAACCAUGUAGGCCCUGCAAAGGCUACCAGUCCAUCUCUCCGUCUUCGUCGCUGGCGACCCUUCUUACGCCUACCAUCUUUGGGUCUCCAUUCUGUUGCACCAAGUAUAGAUGAGAAAGUAGAUCUUCAUUUUAUUGCGUUAGUUCAUGUAGAUGGGCAUCUCUAUGAAUUAGAUGGACGGAAACCAUUUCCAAUCAACCACGGGAAAACUAGUGAUGAGACGUUGUUAGAGGAUGCCAUAGAAGUAUGCAAGAAGUUCAUGGAGCGUGACCCCGAUGAGUUAAGAUUUAAUGCAAUUGCUCUCUCGGCAGCGUAGCUUCUCGACAGAAAUGCCAAAUGUGUGUUAUCUGCAACAAAACUUACAUUUCUGCUGCCAUAACUAACUCAAAAUUUUUGAUAUUUUCAUUAACUUGACUGAUUAAACUUUAUGUGAAUAAACUUUGACAUUACCUG